AUGUACAAGUUCAAGGACCGAUUUGUCCAUGGACAGCGGUACCUCACCCGCGCCAGGUCAUGCAUUGCACAAGUCCAGAACAAGGUAAAUGCAGAUGCUGCCCGCUAUCGCCGUGCCUUCGACGCCAUCAAUUCACUGUCGACCCUGCUCGAUGAGCCUUCAACACCUCACAACUUGGUCCCGCUGCAGGAUGAAGACGUGCGAGGGAUGACAGAGGGGGAGUCGAGCGAGACCCACAGCCGGAAGAAAAUGUCUUGGAUUUGGCGGAGACAUGGCGUGGGGAACAGCAGUGCGACGGACUUGGCCGUCAGUGAAGAGCUCCGAAUUGAGUGA